GAGGGAAAACUGCAGUAGAAAUUGUAAAUAUUUGUGUAUAAAUUAUAAGCAUUGCAGUUAAUUUACCGCUAAAAAAGUGAAACCAUGUCGGAGGACAGUGAUUCAAUAGCCGAGCAUGAAAUCGACGAAACAAUGGCAAACCAAAACACGAUACCCCAGCUACCAACGCACAAGCGACAGAGUUUCGUCUGGAAGUUCUUUAGUCCAGUGCCAGACCACUCGAAUGUUUUCAGAUGUAACGUGUGCAAUGAAACCUUUGCCAACAAAACAACCAAUCUAAGUAGGCAUUUGCAAUCAGUGCAUGGCCUCGCAGAGCAUCAGCAGGAUUCAGUGAAGAAAGGUCGGCCGAAUCGCAGUUUCGUUUGGAACUUUUGCACCAAACUGGAUGAGAAGCGUGCCCUGUGCCAUAUUUGUAAAAAAGUGUUGUAUUUUGGCGGCGGAAAUACGUCCAACAUAACAAAACAUUUGAGACGCAUGCACUCUGAAAAGCUAGAGGAAGUUGCUAAGCAAAUGCCACUCAACAUGCGCUGGUCCAUGGAGCAGUCAUCGAGGAAAGAGCGUAGAAGUUCCAGCUAUGUGUGGAAUCACUGCGAGAAACUGACGACCGAUACAGUUCUAUGCAGAAUAUGCAAUCGUCGCAUGCGAUUCCAUGGCACGGCCAACGUCAUAACGCAUCUGCAACGCCGGCACGGCAUUAUGGACGAAACGACGCAGGUGAAAACCGAGACGCCUGAUAGAGUGCAGGAAGCAGCCACAUCCAGCACGAACGAGAAUCCGCGUAGAAACAUCAGCGGCAGCCAGGUCUGGAGAUACAUCACACGCAUUUCGGAUGAUGCAGUACGCUGUCGUGUGUGCCUUAAGAAUCUAUCGUAUCAGGGCACAAGCAACCUGCAAAGGCAUUUGCAUCGCAUGCACAAUAUUGUGUGGAACUCACAGCAUCCGAGUGGACCGGUCAAAGCUGAAAGCCUUGACUUUGAUGAUAACUCGUUCUUCGCCUUCUGCGAAACCACCAGUGAUCCCACGGUAUGGAAGUGCCAAAUGUGCGACGAGCACUUUGUGCACACCGACAAUCUGGAGGAGGUCAUAAGCAAGCACAUGAUUAAGAUUCAUAGCGCAGCAAUGCGCGGGGAGCCAGUUGAAAGUUUCGCUCCCACAGAAGAGGAGGAUGAAGAGUUCGCCACUCUCUAUACGGAAGUUGUUGCUGAUGAUCACAAUACGACUGUCUCGGGAGAAGUCAGCGAGCAAGCGAGGCUAACAAAUGUCGUUGCUGAGGAUGCGCUCUACGAUGAUCUCAUUGAGAUUGAUGAAGAUCUGCAGACUGCUGAAGAGGUUGGUGAGCACUUUGCAGUUGAAAGUGAUCGCUAUGGGAAUACAUUGCCCGCGCAGUCGGGCGAAAAUGUUGUUUCCGAUUACAGCAACGACAGCACCGAUGCCCAGCUGGUGACGACCACUAUUCAAGCAGACGACACGCCGGUUAUGCGUGAACUAAAGGAGGAUCUACUGCGCCAACAAGCGAUGUAUUUCAGUGAGAAGGCUGGCUUCUAUCGCAUGCAAAAGUUUCUAGUGGCGCAACAGGUGCUCAAAGAGCGGCUAGAAAUUGAGAAGCUCAAAUCUGGACAGCAACAGCAGCAAGUCAGUUGAAGCUAGUUGUUGACGCUUCAUCAGACUUCGUACGAACCCUACUGAACGUAGCUUUUAAUCUUUAAGUGUAAUGUAUUUGUAUUUAAAAUUGUUAUAUAGACCAUCUAUCAUAAUUAUUUAAUCAUAAA